GACUGGGCGCUGGCGGCGGGUCGAGGCGAUGCGUGCGGAGCGGGGAGCCAUGGCGGCCGCGCAGUGGGAAUUCCGCGUCGUGGCCGGGGGCUACGAGGACGACGACAGCAACAGCGACGAGGACGGCUGGGAUAUCGGCGUAGUGCGGCAGGAGCCGCUGCAGUUGGAUCAAAUGUUGCAGGCAGACAAGAAUGAAGCAUUAAGGAAGGCUGUGUUUCAUGGUGAUGUGUCAUUAAUUGAAGAACUCUUAAACUCUGGUGUAAACAUAGAAUCUAGCUUUCACUUUGGAUGGACUCCCCUGAUGUUUGCUGCCAGUAUGGCUGAGUCUGCAGUAGUGCGUCUUCUUCUGGACAGAGGUGCUAAUGCAUGUUUUGAAAUAGAUAAGUACACUGUGCUGAUGGCAGCAUGCACCGCACAUACUUCAGAGGAAAAAGUCUUGAAGACUGUGGAAGUGCUGCUGUCAAGGAAUGCUGACCCUAACCUUACUUGCAGGAGACAAAUGACUCCCCUGAUGUAUGCAGCUCGAAAAGGCUAUCCUCAGGUUGUUGCUCUUCUUGUCGCUCAUGGAGCACACAUAAAUGCCCAAGAUGACAAUGGAUAUUCAGCAUUGAUAUGGGCAGCACAGCAUGGGCAUAAAAAUGUAACUCUUAAGUUGCUUGAGCUGGGAGCUGACAAAAAUCUACAGACUAAGGAUGAGAAAACAGGAGCAGAGAUAGCAAAAAUCAAUAAACAUUCAGAGAUUUAUAGUUUACUGUCUUUGGCUGCAAAUCACUUGCAUGGGAGAUCCCAUGGAACAAUUAAGGAGGAGGCUAUCUACAAAUUAAUGACAGCUGCCCCUGACCAAGGAAUUGGUUCCUACCCAACUUUCAGUGACACAGAAGUGUUUUUACAAGGUCUUGGUCUAGAACACAUAAUAGGAUUAUUCAGGGAAAGAGAUACAACUUUGACACAACUUCUGAUCAUGCAAAAAGAUGAGUUAAUACGGAUUGGCCUUACAAAUCCUGAAGAUCAGCAGAAACUCCUAGAUGCCAUUAACAAGCUAAAAGUGGAAGAAACAAGAAUCGGAGAUGUCUCUGAAGUGAUGAAGCUGGAAUUGAGUGGAGAUGAAUUCCUCAAGUUUUUGAAGAAGUUGAAUGAGAAGUGCAUUAAGCUGACCAUUCCUGUGCAGACCGUGAAUAAGCGUUUUCUCAAUCGCUCCCAAAAGAUGGUGCUGCAGUGGACACCAACUGCAAAUUGUAUUGAAGUCUGCAAAGACUUGGUUUGCACUGUUGAAAAGCUGGGAGAAGAAGUUGCCAAACUGCAGGACCUGAUGGAGAAGGUGGGUAUGGGCAGCAUGAACAGAGGAAUGACCCCAGAGAAGUGAAACUUCCAGAAAAAGCACCCACAUUGGAAAAAAGAUUAGUAAAAAUGGGAGCCAAAACAUUGCUUGGAUUUGGUUUUUUCUUCUUUAUAACCAAGGUAGUGGUAAAGAAAACAUUACUUUAGGCUUAUUCUUGUGAAUACUUUUGGAAAAUGCGUUCACAUUGCAGUUCUGUUCGGUAUAUGGAGCUAAGCUGAAGUCAGGAGAAAAUUUGUGUAGCUUCUCACCAUACCCAUAGUAUAUGCAUCCAGUAAGUGCUUUGAUCCAGAAAUAAAGUUAAUAAAAAUCAAAACUGCUGCUUAAAUGAGUUUUAGGGGGUUAUUUUAGAAAUUACUUUUGGUAUAGACUGUAAGUUUGAAAUUCUCAAAGCCACUUUUCUGUUUGGGCAUAAAGCUGCCAUUGCUUACUAAUUACUAGUUCCAUUUUUACCUUUAGCUGUUGUUUAGAGGUGAACAUAAGCAAAUAAUUUUGAUUAUAUCAUAUGUUUGUAUUUAAAAUUGCAAUGCACAUGUGUUUUGGGGUUGAGAGGGAGGGUUUAGAAUACUUUAUCUCAUGCAGUUCUGUGUUGAUAAAGACCUCUUCUUUUGCAGUUUUUCAUAUGAAUCUAUCAUAGGAAAAACUUGCUGGUGAGGUGUACUUGUCUUCCCUUUGUCACAGUCACAGGACUGUGGAGGUACUGUUACAUGUUGCCUGAAAAGUCAUUUUCCACUGAACUGGGAUACUCAAAUUAUGCCUGAAAUCUGUUUCCUUGGGGAUAUUUACUACCAUUAAGAGUUUCAUCACAUCUAUUAGAAGGAUUAUAGCAGUCCUUUGCUGUAAGAAUGCAAGCAAUUUAGAAGGCAUAGCAGCGUGUUUUUUUCCUGGUCUGG